GGUACUUUCAAUCUUUCCACUGCCAGGACGCAAUGCAAUGUAAGAGAACGCAGAGAUUACUAGAAAUUCACAGAAGCAACUCUCGCUUUCUUCUUUCUUUCUCAUUUUCACUUUCUCCUCCACUUCAAGAGAAAGCUUGGCGUCUCUCGCAUCGUUUGGAAAGGGGAAGAAAAUCUUAAUUAGCCCGACAAUUCGUCUAUUCCACUUUAGCAUUGGUUGUUGUUGUUGUUGUUGUUUUACUGGAAUUUGUGUUGGUUUCUUGAGAUAAUUGGUGGUAUUUCGAGUAUAAAAGGUCAUGGCUGUACCAACUAUAGCUUUGUAUACGAGCCCACCGAGUACUAUUUGUUCUUCACCCCACCCUUGCCAGAUGAACUCUCAUUCAUCAUGUGAUUUAGAAUUUACCUCUCGGUCCUCGUCGUUGGCGUCUUCGACGGCCACUUCAUCUAAAAAACCAAUGGUCGGUGGGUUGUCAAGUUUGUUCUCGUCGAGUGUGCCGAGGCACUCCUCGUCGUCAUCGAGCAUUUCAAGUAGCGGAGAUGAAUUGGGUUCUUUUAGGCAUGAUAAAGGGGACGAGCUUAAAGAAUUGAGUUCUUCGUUCCAUUAUUCCCCAAAUAAAUUCAUCGGGUCAUUCUUCAAUCGGGAUCAGAGUCCAAUAUCAGUGUUCCAGGGUCCGGUUUCCUGUGGCAGUAGUGGCGUUGGGUCGGCAAGAACUCCUCCAUUGUGGACUGUAAGGGAAAGGAGUGGGGAUGGUAGUUUUCAUGGACGAGGAAGUACCAACAGGCUGUUCAAUGGGUUUGUGAGAAAUGCAUUAGGAUCAUGUGUGGAUUAUGAUUCUCCAAGAUUGGAGGUGUCUAGUGAUGGGCUAGAUGUGGGUUCUUCUGCUUUGUUUGGAGAUGAAUUGACUUUCAAUAUGGAGGACAACGUUAUGGAAGGUAAUUCUGAGUCAUAUGCGAAGGAUUUGCUUCUAAGUGCACAAUCAAAGCACAAAAUCUUUUGUGAUAAGUUUGUGAUUAAGGCUUUUUUUGAGGCCGAGAAAGCACAUAGAGGACAGAUGCGUGCAAGUGGCGACCCUUACUUGGAACAUUGUGUGGAAACAGCAGUGAUGCUUGCGCUUGUUGGUGCUAAUUCCACAGUAAUUGCUGCAGGGCUUUUGCACGACACAAUUGACGAUUCUUUUGUGAGUCAUGACUACAUAUUGGGGUCUUUUGGAGCUGAGGUCGCUGAUUUGGUUGAGGGGGUGUCGAAGUUAAGUCAUUUAAGCAAGCUUGCUCGAGAACAUGAUACAGCUGAGAGAAUAGUUGAGGCAGACCGCUUGCACACCAUGUUCCUUGCUAUGGCUGAUGCAAGGGCUGUCCUCAUUAAAUUAGCAGACCGCCUACACAAUAUGAUGACUUUAGAUGCAUUGCCUCUGAUCAAGCGGCAAAGGUUUGCAAAGGAGACUCUGGAGAUUUUUGUUCCUUUGGCUAAUCGCCUCGGAAUCUACAGUUGGAAGGAACAGUUAGAAAACCUGUGUUUUAAGCAUCUUAACUUGGAACAACACAAAGAUUUGUCCUCCAAGCUGUUGGGUUUAUAUGAUGAAGCAAUUAUAUUUUCUGCAACUCAAAAAUUAGAGCGAGCUCUUAAGGAUAAAGGAAUCUCUUACCAUGUUGUAACUGGGCGGCACAAAAGUGUCUAUAGCAUUCACCGCAAAAUGUUGAAGAAGAAUUUGACCGUGAAUGAAAUCCACGAUAUUCAUGGGUUGAGACUCAUUGUUGAAAAUGAAGGGGACUGCUAUGAAGCAUUAAGAAUCGUUCAUCAGUUAUGGCCCAAAGUACCGGGAAAGUUCAAGGACUACAUAAGUAAACCAAAGUUGAACGGGUAUCAAUCUAUACACACAGUAGUAAAGGGUGAAGGUGAUGUCCCACUUGAAGUUCAAAUUCGGACGAAGGAGAUGCAUUUGCAAGCCGAGUUUGGGUUUGCAGCUCAUUGGAGAUACAAGGAGGGUGAUUCCAAGCACUCUUCAUUUGUGCUUCAGAUGGUUGAAUGGGCCAGAUGGGUUCUCACCUGGCAUUGUGAGACCAUGAACAAAGAUCGUUCUUCUAUUGGUUCUGUCAAACCACCCUGCAAGUUCCCUUUUCACUCGUCUGAUUGCUCUUACUCUUACAAACCUCACUACUUCCAGGAUGGACCUUUGUUUGUCAUAAUGAUUGAAAAUGAAAAGAUGUCGGUCCAGGAAUUCCCAGCUAACGCAACGAUGAUGGAUCUUUUAGAAAGAGCAGGAAGAGGAAGCACAAGAUGGGCUCAUUAUAGGUUCCCAAUGAAGGAGGAGUUGAGACCAAGAUUGAACCACGAGCCUGUGAGUGACCCCAAGUGCAAGCUGAAGAUGGGUGAUGUGGUGGAAUUAACCCCACCAAUACCCGACAAGUCGUUGAUCGAAUACCGGGAAGAAAUCCAGCGAAUGUACGAGGGAGGCUUUACUGUAGCAACUCCACAGCCCGCUGGUUGGAGGAGCUGACAGUGCCUUCGUUGCCCCUUCUCUAUGAUUACACUACAAAUAUCAUGCUCAAAUUGUGGAUCAGAUUCUCUUGUAGAUAAUUAUAAAUAUUUGUACAUAUCUGGUAUGUGUUGAUUCAAUGUAAACGGGUAUCAACUGUUAUGAUAUAUGCUUUAGAUUACUACUUGAUGAACUGAUUCCUAGCAUUUGCUAUGUUUAUGUAAUUUUAGUUUGCCUUUUAAAGAUUUCAAAAGAAAA